AUGAUCAACCCAGCAAACUUAAGUGGGUACGAGACCACCCCGUCUACUGAUAGCUCACGUCGCUCAUCGCAGUGGAAUGGGUCUGAAGAACCCGCACGAGGCAAGAAGUCCGCAGUGCUGCACAGAAUCACCACCAACACUUCACUGCUGUCAAACAGUUCUUCGAACCAUCACCAUCAUCCUCACAACCAGCAUAGUAGGAACUCUACAAGCGGCAAUGACCACGUUAAUGAUUUUGUCUUGGAGCAGCCAAAGGACCCAUGGGAGAUUGAUGAGAUGUUUAACGAAUUGAUGACCAAGCGUGACUUCAAAAGCUUGCCAGACGCUGCAAAGAAACAGAUGAAGGAUUAUCCUGCUCAGAAGAAAUGGAUGUUGAUCUAUCAGGAUGCCUUGUCAGAACACAAGAAGCAAGAGCGGACGAGGAAAAAUGGAGGUGAUUCGUUAACCUCGCCGGAACAAUACGUUAGAUUGCUAAUGAAUAAGUCCAUCUCCGCAAGACAACUAGGAAACCUAUGGGUGAGCUUGAGAACAGAACCGGUAGACUGGGUCAAGGAUUUCGUUGCUGCUCAGGGACCGAUCGCAUUGGCAAAUGUCCUACAACAGUUGCAUACACGUUCAACAACGGACCUCUUGAACGAGGAGUUCUUGGAGAAGGAGAUUUCCAUCGUUAGAUGUUUAAGGACAAUCAUCAACAGCGAAUCCGGUGCAACUUAUGCAUUGGACUCCAAGAUUAUAGUACCGUCUAUUGCAGGUGCUCUGAUCUCAUCGAAGCUAGCCACAAGGAAACUGGUCACUGAUAUUCUCAGUUUUUUGGCUCACUAUCAACCUCCAGAAGGUUAUAACCAAGUGGUUAAAGCUAUGAAUUCUAUAUCUGGUGAAAACGUGCAUUUCCAAGUUAAGGCUCUAGAUAAGAGAAACUCCUCGAUUGGAGACACGGAUAAGCAGUUGAAAAGGUUUGAACAAUGGCUCAAGGUUGUAGAACAUACCAUGGAUGGUCGAGGUAAAUUGGGUUCAAUGGUUGGUGCAAGUGAAGAACUAAAGUCUAACGGUGAAGCCCAAUUGGUUGAUUACGCAUUAUCUACGAUGGUGUUGAUAAAUACAAUUGCAGAAGGUGGUUCAGAUUUCAAAGCAAGAACUCAUUCAAGGGCACAACUCAAAGCUGGAGGUGUUCAGAAGAUUUUCAAGAAAUUCCACAGUUUGCAAAACGAACUGGUUGACGAUAAGAUUCGUGAAUUUGAAGAUGCCGCAGCUGAAGAUUAUGAUGCAUUACUUACCUCUGAAAGGAUUGGUAAAGACGUUGAUUUAAAUGAUCCUGUAUCAUUGGUAAAAAACAUAUGGUCUAGGAUACAACACUCGGAUGCCGAACAUUACUUCAUCUCAGCAAUUCAACAUUUGUUCUUGAACCAAUCAGAUCCGUCACGGACAGCUGAUAGUGCUGAAACGGUCAGAUCCUUCAGAUUAAUUGAUGGAUUAAUCUCUAAUAUCACGAUGGGUGCCACUACAGAUGAGGAUGCGGCCUUGAAUGUUGCCAUUCAUAGGUUAUACGAUGGUUUACAAACUGAUGAAAUCGCAAGACGUGCUAUUCUGGAUUCUAGAGAGGCAAACAAAAGGGCUGAAGAGGCUGUUGCAGAACGUGAUGAAUUGGCAAGACAAAUUGCAUUAGGUACCGAUGGUAUGAUUACAAAGCUCAAGAACGAUUUGGAAGAACAGGAAAUUGUCAUGAUGAAACAAAGGAAGCUAAACGAAACCUUAUCUGAAGAGCUUAAUGAUAUAAAGAGGAAACGUGUGCUGGAAAAACAUGAACAAGAGCUCGAGAUGAGAGAGAUGUUGGUGCUAUUGAACAGUUCGACUUCGAAAAAUUCCGAUAACUCUGAGUUGAUUUCAAAAUUGAAAGGUCAGUUAUCACAGAACAAAAGUAAACUGCGUAUGGAUAACAAGAGAUUUGGUGCAUCAGUUGAACCAAAUAACAGGCUAAGACUCCUGAGAGAUCAGAUGGAAGACAUUGAGCAACAGGCCAGAGAACUUGAAAUGACAAAUUUCACGGAGAAGAAAAGAUCUGUGGUUUCUACAGCAGACAAUUCACCUCAGAAACCAACAAAUACAUCGCAGCCUACUGCUACACAUUCAAGGGAGGAGGAUCUUGAUAAACUCUCUUCUUUGAAACGUAAACUAGAGGCUUUGCAGGACCAAUCCAAUGAUAUUUUGAAGUUUGAUGUUAACCAAAAGCAGAGGGAACUGAUGAACAAAAAAAAGCUGAUGGCCAUGGAUCGUUUAAAAGAGCUUCAAACGAGGUUUCAAAAUUUGGAUAUCCAAUUCUCACCAGAUAUCGAUAAGACAUAUCGGUCUUUGGAUCCAAAUGCUGACGAUAAGUUGCAUGCUGAACUGGACGAGAUUGAAAAAUUGAGUGAGAAGCUCCAAACUGAGCUAAACAAUCGUGAAGAUGAUGAAGAAACUACUAAACUUCCUUCCAAAUCAUUCCUGGAGAAUCUUGAAGCCAAAUACGUCAGAGGACAGAAGAAAGUGGAGAAGUCUGACUUCAGCUAUAGGUCAUCGGUUGCUAAUAAAGUCAGAAACAGUAGAGGAUUCGAUGCGGCCUUCCUCCAAGAACUAUCAUCUUCUGUUAACAAGCAGCAACCUAUUCCAGAUCUUCACAAGACCGUUUUGAAGGAGUCAAUUACCGAACAGAAGGAGAAUGAGUCGGCUGCUGACUCUACGAUACAACUUGCUGUGGAAGACGAAACCACAGGUGGUAGUCCUCCACCACCACCACCACCUCCUCCUCCUCCUCUUCCUCCAGUUGGCUUGGGCCUCUCUGUUGGUAAAUCUGGUGACACUACAUCUGGACCAUCACCUCCUCCUCCUCCGCCACCACCACCACCACCGCUGAUGUCUGGUUCAGUACCACCACCACCUCCUCCUCCUCCGCCACCUCCACCACUAGUGUCUGGAUCAGGACCGCUGCCACCACCUCCACCACCACCUUUACCUAUGAAAUCUAAUAGUGCUCAAGUCAGUCCAUUGCUUCCACAAUCACCAUCAUUGUUUGAAGCUUACCCAAGACCAAAAAAGAAAUUGAAACAGUUACACUGGGAGAAAGUUGAAGUUACAGAAAACUCGUUCUGGGAAAAUGCAAGUCCUAAGGUCAUUGCAGAAGAGUUGCUAAACAAAGGUAUCUUGGAUGAGUUGGAGAAGAUCUUUCCUGCAAAGGAAAUCAAGCAGAUUACUAAAAGAAAACCUGGUGAGGCUGCAAAGAUCACUUUCUUGUCUAAGGAUGUCUCACAACAAAUUCAAAUUAAUUUACAUUCUUUUUCUUCGUUGUCUGAUGAGCAGUUGAUCAACAAGAUCUUGAGAUGUGAUCGUUCCCUUUUAGAGAAUGUGAACGUCAUUGAAUUUUUGGGUAAACAAGAAUUGUGUGAAAUUCCACACAAUAUGACCAGAAACCUGGAGCCUUAUAGAACUAUUUGGACCAGAGGUUCUGAGCAGUUCCCUGAUAAGGAUCCUAAUGAAUUGGAUAGAUCGGAUCGGAUCUAUUUGGAGUUGUUUUUCAACCUACAGGAAUAUUGGUCUUCAAGAAUGAGAGCUUUGAGAGUCAUUUCAACAUAUGAAAAGGAAUACUCUGAUUUAGUCCAUAAGUUAAGAGCUAUUGAUGAUGCUACAGAGAGUAUUCAAAACUCCCAGCACUUGCGUAAAGUUUUUGAUGUUAUCUUGGCUGUUGGUAAUUAUAUGAACGACAAUGCAAAGAAGGCACAGGGAUUUAAAUUGAGUACACUUCAAAGAUUGACAUUUAUGAAGGAUGAUAAGAACAGUAUCACAUUCUUGCAUUACGUUGAAAAGAUAAUACGGAAUGCCUUUCCAGAAGAUGAAAAGUUUGUCGAGGAGCUAGAUAAAGCUGCCAGUGUUGUGAAACUAUCUGUUGAGCAGUUGAACACUGAUUCCAGAGCAUUCACAUCAAACAUCAAGAAUGUUGAAGCAUCCAUCGACGUUGGAAACUUGAGUGACUCGACAAAAUUCCAUCCAAAUGACAGGGUGUUGAACAAGGUUCUACCCGUUUUGCCAGAGGCGAAGAGAAAAUCUGAUCAAUUGCUAGACCAGUUAAAAUUGACCAUGACUGAGUUUGAAAAAUUGAUGAGGUUUUUCGGUGAGGAUCCUAAUGAUGUUUUCGCAAAGAACUCGUUCUUUCGCAAGUUUGUUGACUUCACCAAUGACUAUAAGAAGGUUCGUCGUGAGAAUCUGAAACGUGAAGAGGAAGAACGUAUCUACGAACAACGCAAGAAGCUUUUAGAAACUUCGAAGUCUGAGUCAUCUACGGAAGUCGCAGAUGGUGCUGAUCGUGGUGAAAACGUUAUGGAUGCUUUGUUAGAGAAAUUGAAAGCGGUCGGACCAGCUAAGGGUAACUCCAACAGUGCUAGAAAACGUGCGCAGGCUCGUAAGCAUUUGAUGGAUCUCAAAAAGAAUCCGUUUGGCGAUGAAGAUGAUGAUGACGAGCUGAGCGAUGGUGAUGUUACAAGAACACCAUCAAAAUCUGGCUCAAUGAGUGUCAUUGAUACUGCUUCCGUUGCUUCUAUCAACUCUGGUACUGAAGAAGAAGCCGAUGUUGGUGCAAGAGCACGUAAUCUGUUACAAGAACUACGUGACGGUGCAACUCCUGGAGGAACUCCCGAGAGACCCAUGAGCGUUCAAUGGCUGCGGCAACAGCAAAGACUCAAGAGACGUCAAACAGGUUUGGCAUCUGACGGCGACGUGAUAAAUGAUUCUUUGAAGGGCUCUUCGGAUGACCUUUUUGAAGAUGCGAAGGAAUCAGUUGACUCCACUGUUGACCAGGAACCUCAACCGGAGGUUGAGGAUGCCCACACAGAUGAAAUUAAGACAGACGGAUAUGAAGAGGUAACAGAAGAAGCUGAAGAAGCUAACCAAGGCGAAGAGAUUGAAAAAGAGGAUACGAAGGAAGCGGAAGACAAGGAGAUGAAUGAGAAAUGA